AUGAACCCGGACUCUGAUGCCCUUAAGCCUGACCACCACAACGACACCAAAGCCGAUGACGCUCAGCCCGAACCCUCCAACUCCGGUUCCAUCUCACCAGCAGACACCGACGACGAGCUAGAUCUGAAAGGCUAUCUCCGCUUCCGAGCCCAGUCCAGACUCAACGAAGCCCGUGUACGGCUCCUCUCCAACAUCCAAGGCACGGAACGCCACAACGUGCUUCUCACGCGCAUGGACCGAUCUUCCGGCGAGCUCUCCUGGCCCCAGCCCCGAGGCGAGGAACGAAGGGUCCUCACCGAUCAAGCGAUACUGGAGACGCGCACGAAUCCGCAACAACGGCAUCGUCAGCGGCAGGCGCGGAACAAGGAUCCGGCGAUGGUGUUGCGAAGAAAACACGCGGUGGAGACGUGGAAGGAGAAUGCCCGUACCGGGAGAAUGGACUGGAGGGAGGCCAGGCCGGUCAUCGAGAGUGCGCUUGCCUCUUUUGGCUACGAGGAUUUCCGGCCAGAGCUCGCAUCUCGCAGGCGGCAGAUGCGGACCCGGAUCCAGACCCUGGACCCAUCUGGGCCCCCCAGCGCCACCGAAGGUUCGGAAGGGCAAGGGCAAGAGCAUGGGCCACAGCAGCCCACCGACGCCGCGCCCACAGCUGCGACACAAGCCACCCUCCCGCCCUUACCAACCCCCUCACAGAUCCUCCCCCUGAUCCCCCCUUCGGGCAUGCACGCCCAAACCCUUCUCAACCACUUCGCCUCCGUCCUCAUCGACCCCUCCUCACCAAUCACGACGGAGCGGCGGAAAGUAGCAUUCCUAGCCAUCCUCCAGGGGAUUCUGGUGUUAGAUUCUGCGACCAAAAUGGUGUACAGACCGGUGAGUGCGUUGGUCCACUGGGGCCCAUAUAAGAAGAAGAAGAAGAAGAAGAAGAAGAAGAAGAAGAAGAAGAAGAAGAAGAAGAAGAAGAAGAAGAAGAAGAAGAAGAAGAAGAAGAAGAAGAAGAAGAAGAAGAAGAAGAAGAAGGAAGAGGGUUGA